AAAAUACAACUUCCAAAGAAACUGGCAAAACGCUAUCCUGCAUAUGAAUUAUAUCUUUAUGGAGAAGGAUCCUAUGCUGAAGAACACAAAAUUCUCCCUUUGACGGGUAUUCCAGUUCUCUUUCUUCCUGGUAAUGCUGGAAGUUAUAAGCAAGUCCGCUCUGUUGGCUCUAUUGCACUUAGAAAAGCAGAAGACAUUGACUUCAAAUACCACUUUGACUUCUUUAGUGUGAAUUUCAAUGAAGAACUGGUGGCACUGUAUGGUGGAAGUCUUCAGAAACAGACCAAGUUUGUACAUGAAUGCAUUAAAACAAUUCUCAAACUCUAUAAGGGUCAAGAAUUUGCUCCAAAAAGUGUGGCAAUAAUUGGUCACUCUAUGGGUGGCCUUGUUGCAAGAGCAUUGCUUACAUUGAAAAAUUUUAAACAAGAUCUGAUAAAUCUUCUUAUUACACAAGCUACACCUCAUGUUGCUCCUGUGUUGCCAUUGGAUCGUUUCAUAACAGAUUUUUAUAUGACUGUAAACAACUAUUGGAUUCUAAAUGCUAGACACAUAAAUUUAACCACACUUUCUGUAGCUGGAGGAUUCCGGGAUUACCAAGUUCGUUCAGGACUGACUUUUCUUCCAAAAUUAAGCCAUCAUACCAGUGCCUUAUCUGUUGUGAGUUCAGCAGUGCCUAAGACCUGGGUCUCAACAGACCACCUCUCCAUUGUGUGGUGUAAGCAAUUGCAAUUGACUACAAUUCGAGCAUUCUUUGAUCUUAUUGAUGCUGAUACUAAACAAAUAACUCAAAAUCCCAAGAAGAAAUUGUCAGUUUUGAAUCACCACUUUAUAAGACAUCCAGCAAAACACUUUGAGGAAAAUCCAGCAAUAAUUUCUGACUUAACAGGGACAUCUAUGUGGGUUCCAGUAAAAGUGUCCAAAUGGACCUAUGUGGCUUAUAAUGAAUCUGAUAAGAUAUAUUUUACAUUUCCUCUUGCAAAUCAUAGAAAAAUCUACACUCAUGUAUAUUGUCAGAGCACCAUGCUGGAUACAAAUAGUUGGAUAUUUGGCUGCAUAAACAGCACUUCUAUGUGCCGGCAAGGGAUUGAUUUAUCGUGGAAAGCUGAACUGCUGCCAACAAUUAAGGUAAAUUAUGGCUUUAGAAUUUUAAUAUCCAGUGGAAAAAAAUACUAAAAAGACUUGCGUCUAUAGGCAUUUUAGAGUAUGGUCUUCUAUGAAUUCAUCUAAGUAUUAAGUAAACUUGAGAUUUGCUAACAUAAAUUUUAGAAAUAUUUUCUCUGGUAAUAUAUUUAAUGGAGAAUAACAUUAAUUUUUUUUUUUUUACUUUCAGAGGUAAAAACUGUAAGUUAACACUUUUCUAAAUAAAAUUUAGGGAUGCCUGGGUUGCUCAGUCAGUUAAGCGUCUGGGUUAAGCAUCUGACUUCGGCUUAGGUCAUGAUCUCACGGUUUGUGGGUUUUAGCCCCUCGCCUGGCUCUGUGCUGACAGCUCAGAGCCUGGAGCCUGCUUCAGAUUCUGUGUCUGCCCCUCCCCCACUUGCACUCUGUCUCUCUCUCUCUGUUUCUCCCCCUCAAAAAUAAAUAAUAAAAAAAAAUUAAUAAAAUUAAAUUUGUAUAUUAUAGCAUCAUACCAAGAGCUAGAUAAAUUUUUAAAAUUGAAUUUGAGAGUAUGUUUGGAAUGGUCUAUCUUAAAAUAGAAGCUGAGUAGUAGUUUGAGUUUUGGAGAGGACUUACAGUAGGGAAGUGAGCAUCUUAAAGAGGUGCAAAGUAAUUUUCCAGAUCAACUUCAACAUCACUUUGUGAUCAAGCACUUGGAUAACUCUACUUUAUCUAGUACU